AUGCCACGUCCAUCUCAUUCUCCAGAUCUUGCACCAUGGGAUUUUUGGUUAUUUGAUUUAAUCAAACAAAAUAUAGAUGAUCAAAAUGAUGCCGAAUCAGUGCAUGAUGCUGUAAGCGCAUUCAUGUAUUCUUUGAAUAGAGAAGAGUACAAAAAACGUUUGAUAAAUGGGUGCAACGAAUGCAAUUGUGUGUGGACAAUGAUGGAGAUUAUUUUGAACAUCUGAUGAAAUAAAGAUUUGUCCAACUUGCUCUCUAUUUCCUUUUUUUUACUCUACUACCACUGCCUAUUAUAGACUACGUGUACAGUAUGUACAGAGAGCUAGGCAUUAGAAAAGAUGAGAAGAAAAAGAAAAGAAAGUAAAGUGAAGAGGAAGAACAAGGAAAAAACCAACAAGAAAAUACACAUAGACGAAAAUAUGAUCGAAUGUAAUAGUUAUGUUUUAUACAAAAAUACUUCUUAUCGAAAUUUUAUUAUUAUGUUAACUGUUGAAUAGUGAUCAAAUAGCAUAGAAAAAUAGAGCUUCGUUUUCUCUAUCAUCUCAUCUAAAAAGAAAAUUUCAAUAAGCCAAUUAUAAGAAAAUAAUCUGCCUGGGCCACUACUUUUGGAUUGCCCUAAGUAGCAAUAGUUGCCUUAUGUUUCUUGUUUGACAAAAAAAAUUCUUUGAAAUUAUCAAGCAAGAAUGUCAAAACUACUUUUGAACAUGGUCUUAUGAAUGAAUCUUACUCGGACGUUUUGCUUACUAAUAGUUUCGAAAUUUGCUCAUGAAUAUGUGAGUAAUAUAUCUACGCAAAACAUAAAUGCACAAAUGAUAAGCAUAAGACUAUUUCGAAGCAUAAUACCAUCAGCUUUUUGUGGCUGGGAACUUUGACCAGAUGCUUUGUAAUAAACGGUUUUUUUUCAAACGCAAGUAGAGUAACCGUUGUGCUAUGAGAAGCUGAUCACCUUGGUUUUCCUUAUUCAAUCAACAACCCUGUUUCGCGGAAGGGAACACAUAUUGUAUUAUCUGUGUUUUAGUAAUCUGACUCAAAAAUAUUUCAAGAAAUGGAGAAGCUGAAUAUGAAUAAUCAAUUGUUAGAAUGCAAUCUAUGUAAUAAUAAUAUUAUCUUUUUUAAUGCUUUUAUAGAACAUCAAAGUAUUUCUGUAGAUUACAAGAAAAAAAUAAUGUUAUUUAUCAAUAAGUUCAUUUUUAUCAAAUACAUAUCGAAAACAUUAUUGUCAACCAGCUCAAGAAAACAAAAAAUAUUUAUCAAAUGAUUUAUGCAGCAAAUUAAGGAUAUUUGAUAAAAUCUUGGUUUCAUGCAAUGUUUAGCAAAUUUUGUGUAGUGGAAGAUUUCGUUUAUUUUUCAGGAAUUUUCGAUCUUAUUCGAUCAUUUUCAACUAUCAAUCCACAAGACUACUACCUGUGCUACAAGACAAAGAGAAACAUAUGAAAAAAUGAAGUUAAGUUUAUGAUGUAAUUGAUAUU